AACAAAUCACAACACGAAUGAAUACAUCUUGUGCUCUCCAAUAUCAUUCAUCAAUAUGUCUUUCGACAGUUAUGCUAAGGUCAAAGGUCUCUUUGUACUAGGCAUCACGACCUCGACUAUUGCCUCCGGCGGGUUACUGUUUACUUCCUACGUCCACGUUCCGGGAUAUGUGAAGAACGCCAACGAUGAGGUCCUACUAGAUCAGUGGCAGACCAUGGGUGCCAUUGGCAAGUCGAUUGUCCCACCGCUGGCGUUGAUUGCUGGAGCGGCAAACUUGGCCAAUUCGUACUUGACCCAUACUCAACCGCAGCAUUAUCGCUUCAUGGCUGCCGGUCUACUAAGCGUGGCUGUUCUUCCAUAUACGAAUCUGUUCCUUGGGCCAACCAAUGUUGAGUUGGCCGAGAGGACAAGUAAAUCGCAGGACCACAUCCCUGAAUUGAAGGACCAGACUCCUAUUCAACUGAUUCAAAGAUGGGCUGAUCGCAGCGCGGUGAGGGGCUUUCUUUUACUCGCGAGCGCCUUGUUGAGUUUCGAUGGAAUGCUGCACUUGACAUUUUGAACCUGACAAGUUGAACGUUGAGGAAGCAGAUGUUAUGCAGUCAUGUAUGCGCUAUUUGUCUAUAAUCUCAGAAUGUGGAGAGGGUGAUUGUCUGGCUGAAGAAUCGGCGACCUAUCGCAGACCUUCGCUUGAAUUUAC